AUGCCCAACGAUGAGCUGCCGGUGUUCCUGUCAGCACUGAUUACGAGAUUAUCAGCAUUUACUAUCUUCAAGUUCAAGAGCGCUCCUUCCCCAGUCUCUUCCAUCACAGUGACUACACCACCAGAGGUCCAUGCAUCUAAAGGCGAUACUGUCACAUUGUCCUGUUCAUUUACUUCCACAAGUAGGCCAACUAGUAGGAUGACAGUUGACUGGUCUUACCGGCCUCAGAGUGGAGGUCCACCAAUGAUGUUUCUCCAUUUCUCCUCACGGGCAUACCCACCAACAGAGGGUCAGUUCGGCGGUCGAAUCCGGUGGCAAGGCACCCCGGCACGUGGAGAUGCUUCCAUCUCUUUAAUCAAUGCCACACUGAAUGACAAUGGGACCUUUACAUGCACAGUCAGAAACCCUCCUGAUGUCCACGGGUCCACGACUUCACACACUGUACUUACUGUCACACCAAGGGUGCCCAGCAUUCGCUUCUCAGAUGUUGCAGUCCUCCUUUUUUUCAUCCUCCUUCCCUCUGCUGUCAUAACCCUCAUUCUUAUUGGACGGAUGCUGUGUCCCAAGAAAGAGCGUAACCAAUCAAAGGCCCACAGAUCACCCAUAGAGGUCACAGAGGGGGAUGAAUAUGGCAUCCCAGGAUACACACACAAAGAAGAAAGGGCCAAAUGCUGUGACCUAUAUCUGACGGACUCAGAUGAAGAGUAUUACUUAAAAGACUUUAAAAAGAGGCCUCCUGAAGCCGAAGGCUACGCUGACUCCCACUGCUAGAGAACCCCGGUGGUCAGGAGAUGUAACUGCAGCCUGGCGCUUUAUAGGCAGUCGAUGCAGGAUUGUCACAGUCCACCACAUAUGCCACAGUCCACCACUCAGCCACUCCACCACUUGGUGAUGAGGUUUGUUUUGGUGACCCCUUUGGUAAAUACUCCAUAUAUUUAACACU